AUGAAGAUCGGUGUAUAUUUGUGGACAUUUAUUUUAAUUGUCCUAUGCACUGAUUACACUGUAACACAGCAAAAUGAUCCCGGAAAAUUUUUGAUUGGAGCCGGGAUAUAUGAUGUAACCGGACAAGUCGCUGAAAUUGGAUUUAUGGGCUAUGCAGUUCCAAAGCAACGAGGUCGCGGUUUAUUACAACGAAUGCGAUCUCGUGCAUUUAUUAUUGGUGAUCCUAAUAAAGAAGCAAAUCGUGUUGUUUAUGUAUCAGUUGAUAAUGGAAUGGGAUUUCAAAUAAUAAAAACAGAAGUUGUUGAUCGUUUAAAUAAAACAUUUGGAUCAAAGUUAUAUAAUGAUAAAAAUGUAUUAAUGUCAGGUACUCAUACACAUUCAACACCAGGUGGUACAGGUGGAACUGCUCUUGUUGAUAUAACAACAUUUGGUUUUGUUAAAGAGAAUUGGGAAGCUUGUGUUAAUGGAAUUGUUCAAUCAAUAAUACGUGCACAUAAAAAUCUUCAACUUGGAAGAAUUAAAAUGAAUGUUGGACAAGUUGAUAAUGCAAAUAUAAAUCGUUCACCAGCUUCUUAUGAUAAUAAUAUGGAUAAAGGUGAAUAUCCUGAUAAUACAGAUCAUGAAAUGACUGUUCUUAGAUUUGAAUCAAUUGAUGGAAAAGAAGAAAUUGGAAUGAUGAAUUUUUAUCCAGUUCAUGCUGUUAGUUUAAAUAAUACAAAUUUAUUAGUUGCCGGUGAUAAUAAAGGUUAUGCUUCGUAUUUAUUUGAAAAAUCGAAAAAUCCUCCAGGAACAUUACCUGGUCAAGGAAAAUUUAUUGCUGCUUUUGGACAAAGUAAUGAAGGUGAUGUUAGUCCUAAUUUAAUGGGACCAAAAUGUAUUGAUACUGGUUUACCAUGUGACUAUGCUACAUCAACAUGUAAUGGAAGAACUGAAAAAUGUAUUGCUUUUGGACCUGGAAAAAAUAUGUAUGAAUCAAAUGAAAUUAUUGGUACGAGACAAUUUGAAACAGCAAAAAAUUUAUAUGAUAAUGCACAACUGUUUCUAAAUGGAAAUUAUAUGGUUGAUUAUCGACAUAGUUACGUUGAUAUGCAAACAAUUAAUGUAAGUAGCCGUUUUACAUCAACAAAACGUAAUGAAACAACAUGUCAAGCUGCACUUGGUUAUGGAUUUGCUGCUGGAACAACAGAUGGUCCAGGAGAUUUUGAUUUUACUCAAUCAGAAAAUUCAACAAAUCCUUUUUGGCAAUUUGUUGCAGGAUUUUUAGCAAGACCAACUCAACAACAAAUUCGAUGUCAAGCACCUAAACCAAUUUUACUUGAUGUUGGUCUUAUUAAACCAGUUGAAUGGGUUCCAUUCGUUUUACCACAUCAAUUAUUUCGAAUUGGACAAUUAUAUAUUGUUGGAGUUCCAGGAGAAUUUACAACAAUGAGUGGAAGAAGAUUAAAAUUAGCAAUUAAACAAGCUUUACAAAAUACAGGAGCAUGGACAUCGGAUAGUCAUGUUGUCAUAGCUGGUCUUUCAAAUAGUUAUUCACAUUAUAUAACAACAUAUGAAGAAUAUCAACAACAACGUUAUGAAGGUGCAUCAACAUUAUAUGGCCCACAUACAUUAGCUGCUUAUGAACAAACUUUUGAUGAUAUGGCAACAAAAUUAUCUUUAAAUCAAUCUGUACCAAGUGGUCCACAACCAUAUGAUAUGAGAGGAAAAACAUUUUCAUUUGUUCUACCACCUAUUUGGGAUGGUGUACCAUUUGGAAAGAAAUUUGGUGAUGUUAUAACUGAUGUUAAUUCAUCAUAUAAACCUGGUGAUACAGUUCGUUGUUCAUGGUGGGGAGCUAAUCCAAGAAAUGAUCUUUUUACUGAAAAAUCAUAUUUAUAUGUUGAUCGAUUUAUGAACCAACAAUGGGUCCCAAUUUUAACAGAUGAUGAUAUUGAAACAAGAUUUUUAUGGGAACGAAAAGGACUUGAUCAUAGUGUUAUUACUGUUGAAUGGAAUAUUCCAACAACACAACCAACAGGAAAUGAUUUAUAUAGAAUACGUCAUUUAGGUGUUAAAAAUAAUAUUUUAGGUCGACAACAAUAUAAUGCACAAUCAAGAAAUUUUACAAUUACCAAUUAA